GCAAUCGCCUAAAAUAUUCAUUUGCUUCCUUCUCUUCUCUUCAUCAUGGCCGUCUUCUUCGUCCACUAACCUCUCCUUCUUCUUCAUACACAUAUAUAUAAUAGCUUUACUAAUUAAAUAGCUCGCUGUUUCUCCUUCAACUCCUGAUCUAGCUUAAAAGAAUUUGUUAUGCUUUUCGGAGUAGCGUUCACGUGAGCUUUUUUGGGAGUUCACUGGAGGUUUGUGAUAAUGCCCAGAGGCGGCUUUUGGGGGAGUUGGGACAGAGCUUCAAAAAAAUUAAAAAAACCUAUUAGUAUUACCUAUUAUUUACUACUAAUAAUAAGAAUUAAUUAAUUAUCUGGGUUGUGGAGUCUGAAGGUCUGAUUUAGGGGCAUACGGCUCCGAUAAGUGAACGACCAAUUCCAUCCGCCGAACUGCCGAUUUGCCUAAGACUUGAAGAAAUCCGAUUUUCCGAACGAGUGUCGACUGAUUCCUGCGUCGUGCCAUCCUGGUGGGCUGCCGCCUGCUUUUCCAGAAAUCCAAUUGGUGACUUCUUUUUUGUAUAUAUGGCCACCGAAAUCGAAAUGCUGAAAACGCCCCUGCUGCCCCACAGAACGACUUGCUUCUUUCCGACGCAAUUUCCAGACAGAGGUGGCGGAUUUGGUGCGUCAUCUUCGUCAAAGUUCCUUUUAGAUCACGAGAAGGCCGGAGGGGGUCAAAAUGGGGGAAAGUCUGGAAAGGAGGACAGCGAUGAAGUUUCAUACCCUUCCUCUCGUUUUGAUGCAUCUGAAAGCGUCACUGGAGGAGACAAAAUUCACGGGAAGCAAUUGACCGCUUUUGUCAACUGGCUGACUGAGAAAAAGGUUAAAGACAAAUCAUCGCACCAUCAGAUUCCUCGAGCCGAAUUCGAAGUAGGAUUCGAAGAUGGUGGUGUGAAGGAUGAGGGCGGUGGUAAAUACCACCUCUUGCUUCCAACUCCGCCGGGGGCGGUGCCAAAAGUUGCUUCCUCUGACCACCGCCCAUCACGUGAUCACAAACCAUCAGUAAUUAGGCCGAAGGAUCACAAUGCGCCGUCGUUUAGGCGUCCACCCAGUGGGUUGGCAAAGCAAGCCCCAUUGCAGCGGUCACCAGUUACCUACAGCAACCACUUUAGUUGUCUGGGGAAGGAGAAGGGACUUGAUGUUGAAAGGAAAGCAUCCUUGCAGCGGCUUUCAAGUGCGGGCAGCACUACCGAUUCUUCGAGUUGGUUUUCAGGGUCAACAUCGGAUGGGAACCGGCCGAAUACCAGAUUCAAUGAUUCACACACGUCGACCACCUCGGGCCCAAAUGAGAAUGAAGUGGUUCCCAGGUGGAAGGAGAGCUAUUACUUGCAGCUCACGCUUGCCAGAAGCAUUGUUGAGCAAGCAACUAUUGCUAUUGAUGAGCCUCUGCAAGAAUGCAUGAGCGUUGAGGGUCUACCAGUAUCUUCUGACCCUCAGACCGUGUCCUUCCGCCUCUGGGUAAGUGGGUGCUUGUCAUAUUUUGAUAAGAUAACAGAUGGAUUUUAUAACAUCUUGGGAAUGAAUCCAUAUUUGUGGGUGAUGUGCAAUAACAUGGAGGAAGGUAGUAGAUUACCAUCUCUGGUGGUACUUAAAGGUACUGAACACAGUGAUACAUCGAUGGAAGUGGUCCUCAUUGAUCAGUGUGGGGAUGCUAAGCUCAAGGAACUAGAAGAUAAAGCUCAAGAAAUAUUUUUUGCUGCAGAGAAUACACUUGUUUUAGCAGAAAAACUUGGAAAACUUGUUGCUGUCCAUAUGGGGGGAUCUUUUCCCAUGGAGCGAGGUGAUCUUUACCAGCGCUGGGAAAUUCUCAGCAAUAGACUUAAGGAUAUUCAUAGUUGCAUCGUUCUCCCAAUUGGUAAUUUAUCUGCAGGGCUUUGCAGGCAUAGGGCUGUUUUGUUCAAGAAAUUGGCGGACUAUGUGGGCUUGCCUUGCAGAAUAGCCAGAGGUUGCAAGUAUUGUGUUGAAGAUCACCGGUCUUCAUGUCUCAUAAAGAUUGUGGAUGACAGAAAAAAUGCUAGGGAAUUUGUAGUUGAUCUAGUAGGGGAACCUGGAAAUGUGCAUGGCCCAGAUUCAUCUAUUAAUGCAACUGAUCUUUGCUCUGUGCUUUCCCCCUUUCAAGUUGCUCAUCCUAAGGAAUUCCAGCUACCUAACAUGGAAGAAAAAGAAAAUCUACCAAUGCAUGAUAUUGUCCUUAUGGACAAGCCCAAAUGUUUCUGGUGCAGUCCAAAUCAGUUUUCUGAAAUCAAAUCACCUGAGAAACUUACCACUACAGCUGGUGUAAUUACAAGAGAUGAAUAUGAUGAACCCAGAGAUCAAAGUAAAAUAGUUCUAUUCCAGAAUAGCACACAAGAGAUUGUUCAGCCUAGACCACCUCCAUUUGCUGGUGGGCAUCCCAGCAUAAGUAAAUAUGUGGAGAGUGAGGUUACGCUUGAGAAUCUGAAGCAUUCGGAAGCAACCCUUCCAAAAUACCUGAAUCUUGAACCAUCUCUUGCAAUGGAUUGGCUCGAGAUCUCAUGGGAUGAGUUACAUAUCAAGGAGCGUGUUGGGGCUGGUUCUUUUGGAACUGUACAUCGAGCUGAAUGGAAUGGAUCUGAUGUUGCAGUCAAGGUGCUAUCUGUCCAAGAUUUUGAAGAUGACCAAUUAAGGGAGUUUCUAAGGGAGGUUGCAAUAAUGAAGCGUAUCCGCCAUCCAAAUGUGGUUCUCUUCAUGGGUGCAGUCACUAAACGUCCACAUCUAUCCAUAGUGACUGAAUAUCUACCUAGGGGAAGUCUAUACCGCUUAAUUCACCGACCAGCUAAUGGGGAAAUGAUGGAUCAAAGGAGGCGCUUACGAAUGGCUUUGGAUGUGGCCAAGGGUAUCAACUAUCUUCAUUGCCUUAGCCCCCCUGUGGUUCACUGGGAUCUUAAAUCUCCUAAUCUCUUGGUUGACAAGAAUCGGACUGUGAAGGUGUGUGAUUUUGGUCUGUCAAGGUUUAAACCUAAUACAUUCAUAUCUUCCAAAUCAGUUGCAGGAACUCCUGAGUGGAUGGCCCCUGAAUUUCUUCGUGGAGAACCAUCAAAUGAGAAGUCAGAUGUGUACAGUUUUGGUGUCAUUUUGUGGGAGCUUAUUACCCUUGAACAGCCUUGGUCUGGACUCUGCCCUGCUCAGGUGGUUGGAGCUGUUGCUUUCCAAAACAGAAGGCUUUCUAUGCCAGAGAACAUUUCUCCAACAAUGGCAUCUCUCAUUGAAGCUUGCUGGGAUGAUGACCCCGCCAAACGGCCGCCCUUUGGUAGUAUCGUGGAAACACUGAAGAAGCAGCUGAAGUCUCCCCUUAAUUUGAUUCAGAUGGGAGGGAACACUAAAGAAGCAGCUGAAGUCUUCCCUUAUUUUGAUUCAGAUGGGAGGGAAGUAAAGGUUCCCAGCUGUUGAUGCAGCUUUUGAAGAAUUUCAACUAUGAUAUUUAUAGAGAGAAGUGUGCAAAACACCGGAGAAGGAACACCAUGAAAUCAUAAAGUAAUAAUAUUUGUAAUACGUGACAUAAGGUGUCAGUGUGUCACUAUACAUCUGCAAGGAAAGUCAAGCAUGAGAGAAUCUUUUGAAUUAUUACAUGUACUAUUUUUGUAUUUCGUAUUAUUCACCUUCCUUAUUAUUGCCUUUUCCUUAUUUGAAGCUUUGUACUGUUGUAGUAUAAAUAAUGCUCGAUCGUUG